AUGGAUGAAGACAUGGAUUUCGACUCCGGAUCUACCAGUUACCCCCCGCCCGAGGCCUAUGGCCCGCAGCAAGAAUACCAGGUGGAUACGAAUGGUGCGCCACCUCCAGAUGGGCGGAAAAUGCUAGACCUCGUCUUCGUGCAAGACUGCACAGGGAGCCAGGGCAGCUAUAUAUCCUCCGCCACAAGGAACAUUGAAGAGAUCUCUCCAAGCCGGGAAGAUCUGCGCAUCGGGCUCGUCGCGUACAGGGAUCAUCCACCCCAGGACCACACCUAUGUCACGAAGAAUUUCGGCUUCUCCUCAGACAUCUCCCAGGUCCACAGUCACCUCUCGAGCUUGUACGCAUCGGGAGGUGGCGAUGGGCCGGAGGCAGUGACUGCUGCACUGUCGGAGGCUCUAAACAUGGAGUGGAGGCCUUACGCGAGCAAGAUGGUUGUGCUCAUCGCAGAUGCGCCCCCACACGGCAUCGGAGAGUACGGUGAUGGGUUCGACGAGGGGUCCCCGGAUGGAAACGAUCCACUGCAGAUUGCGCGACACAUGGCUAGUCGCGGGAUCACACUGGUAUGCUACCUUCUUCGUAGCAUGCGAGCCUGCUUGAGUGGCUACGCGUACGCGACAGACUUCUUCCAAGCCUUGGUGAACAUCACCUCUGGCCUGAUGCUACCCCUCACAACCGCGGACCUCCUCACACAUGCAAUUGUGGGCAGCGUCCUGGAAAAUCUGGAUAUGGAGCGGUUAGUCCGAGAGGUCGGAGAAGCCGUUUCGCAGAGGAUCCUCGGGAAUAAUGAAAGCGUCGAUGAUGUCGCACGGGAGCUCCACGAACGUCUCCUGCUGCGAAACGAGAGCACUAAGAGGGCGAAGCAUAAUGUGAGCGUGUACAUGAACUCGGGCUCCCUCACGGAAGCACGUCCCAACCUCAAGAGAGUGCCCGGGACACGUUUCACUGACAAAUACCUCCACGCUCGGAUGUCCUCACAGCGCUCAUACGCCUAUUCCCCUACGCCCCGCGGUCCAGCACGUCGCCCGACGAAGUCGCCCAAGCUGUCCGCCUCUCCGCCGCGCAAAGUAGUCACCGACUUUGCCGCCUUCGGUGCGCCGAAGAACGCGAGCGUAUUCGGCACAGCGGUGGCGUCGACGCCGUUUUCACUUGCCGGCGGAAAGGCGGCCUUUGGCGGCAUUCGUGGCGCGCCGCGGACCACGGCGUUCGAUGACGACGAUGAAGAGGAGGAAGAUGGUAGGCAGAAAGUCGAGCUGCGGGAGGACUCAAUCACGCUUGACCAGGCGAGGCGUAUUGCCAUGCAGAGCGCGUGGAGGAGCAUCCGUUCUUGA